AUGCUGCUUCGCCGUUCUCUCUCCUCCCUCUCCUCCCUCGCUACUCGACCCCUCCGAAGAAUCGAAUCGCCAAAACAACUCGCAAAAAGAAUGGCUGCCCUCCCUAACACAUACGACGGCCCCGUCGCUAUCGCCGUCAUCGGCGGCACCGGCCUCCGUGAACUCCCUGGCUUCACCCAGGUUGCCUCGCUCAACAUCACGACACCAUGGGGCACUCCCUCCUCCCCGAUCACCAUCCUGCACCACCAGCACGGCGAAAAGACUGUUGCCGUCGCCUUCCUUAGCCGACACGGCGCACACCACCAGAUCGCUCCCCACGAGGUCCCCGCCCGGGCCAACAUUGCCGCUCUCCGCUCCAUCGGCGUCCGCACCAUCAUUGCCUUUUCCGCCGUCGGCAGCUUGCAAGAGGAGAUCAAGCCCCGCGAUUUUGUUGUUCCAGACCAGGUCAUCGACCGCACCAAGGGUAUCCGGCCGUUCACCUUCUUUGAGGGAGGCAUUGUCGGCCACGUUCCGUUUGGCGAUCCGUUCGAUGAGGGCGUUGCUAAGAUUGUGAGGGCUUGCGGACACAGUUUGGAGGGAGAGGGUGUGGUCCUGCACGACCGCGGCACUCUUAUCUGCAUGGAGGGCCCCCAAUUCUCCACCCGCGCAGAGAGCAAGCUGUACCGCUCAUGGGGCGGCUCCGUCAUCAACAUGUCCUGCCUCCCUGAAGCCAAGCUCGCCCGCGAGGCCGAAAUCGCCUACCAGAUGAUCUGCAUGUCCACCGACUACGACUGCUGGCACGAGUCCGGCGACGACGUCACCGUCGAGAUGGUCAUGGGCAACAUGAAGGCCAACGCCGUCAACGCUAAGCACUUUGUCACCGCUGUGCUGGACGCUCUUGCUGCCGACGAGAACGCAGACCUUAUCCAGGCCAAGCACUAUGCGGGCUCUGUCAAGUUUGGCCUUAGCACUGCGCAGGCGAACUGGAGCCCUGAGGCGAGGGAGAAGAUGAACUGGUUGUUCCCGGGUUACUUUGAAUAA